CCCUACCAGUACUCUUUCUUGUACCUUUAAACUGAGCAAUCAAGUUCACCUCUGGUUACGUGCGUUGGGACAGAAAGGAGGAGGAGGAGGUGGAGAGAGCGAGAGACUGCAAUAUCAUUUGUGAAUCGUUCAGAGUGCUGCAGAUACAGAUUGCUAACACAUGCAGUGCAAAUGCAGGUGGAGAGACUCGCAGAGAACAUGCUGCACUUGGAACGGCUUAAUUCUUGGAUCUUAACUACAAGUCUUCAGCAUUUUUUUGGAAUUACAGUUAUCCAGCAUUUACUUAAACAGCUCAGUUGGUUUGUUCUAUGCAGCAGCUAGUACAAUUUUAGAGAAGCCUUUUUACACUGUAAGGCACUGGAUGAAAAUACAUCUGAUCACUUGGAUCAGAGGAGGGACACAUUACACACUGCCCAUAUUCUGCUACAAGGUAAGAAGGCGAACUGUCUUGCAAAGUAUCAUUAGUUUGGAAUUAAUAUGAUUUGGUUCUACAAGAGGGCACUGCACAUUUAGUAUAGACUGCCAUACGGGACUGGGAUAUAAAACAGAAGCAAGCGUUUGGAGGUGCAUUAGUUUUGGGGGUUUUGUUGUGUUUGUAUGUGUCUACAAACAAACCGGAGGACUUGGAUGAAUCGGUUAGUGAAUGAACAGAGAGCAUGCUUUGCAUGUGAACAUUGUUUUACACGCCGACUCAAGUGAAAAAAAAUAGCAGCUUCAAGAACCUGGCUCACGCAAGAGCCAACGACUACAAAUUGCAAGGUUGUUAAAAAAAAGUGCGUUAUAACAUUAACAAAACAAACAAACAAACAACAAAAACGGAGGUUUAUUGAGUUGCAUAUGCCAUUGUUUUUUAUAAAGUGUAAAUCAUCAGAAACGCAGUAAGAAGACGCACGCGUUUAAGUCUCAUGCAUUCUAAGCCCAGCUUUUUAGAAGAGACUAAAUAAUUUUAAGUACCAGUACAGGUAUCGAUGUAAUUGUUUUAACAGCAUUUAUUGUCAGUAAUUAAAAAAAAAAAAAAAAAAAAAAAAAAAAAAAAAAAAAAAAUCAAACACAACAAUAUUAAUCAAGACUGCAGCUCUGAACAAAAUAAUUGUACAAACCAUGAGGACUGUUUGCGCAGUGGACUGCUUGUGCCACGGGCUGCUUAUCCUGCAGCUUGUGCUGACUCAGGCAGCUGCUAAGCAGGUACUGCGAUAUCGGCUGGCAGAGGAAGGACCUUCUGAUGUUCGGAUAGGAAACGUAGCCUCAGACCUGGGAAUCGUAGCUGGUUCUGGCGAGGUCACUUUCACACUUGAAUCGGGAUCUGAUUAUUUUAAAAUUGACAACAUCACCGGGGAGCUGAGCACUAAUGAGCGAAGGAUCGACAGAGAGAAAUUAGCACAGUGCCAAAUGAUAUUUGAUGAAAAUGAGUGCUUCGUAGAUUUUGAAGUGUCUGUAAUAGGUCCGUCUCAAAGCUGGGUUGAUCUGUUUGAGGGAAAGGUGAUCAUUUUAGACAUAAAUGACAACACUCCGACUUUCCCAUCCCCUGUACUGACUUUGUCUGUGGAAGAGAACAGACCUAUAGGUACACUGUACUUGCUGCCCACAGCUACUGAUAGAGAUUUUGGCAGGAAUGGGAUAGAGAGGUACGAGCUUAUACAGGAUACUGGGGAUGCUGGUAGACGACCUUCCGGGGGUCGUGCAGAGAACGGGGAUAGCUAUCCAGGCAAAAGACGGCUGGAUGCUGGUGGAGCAGGGAGAAGCAGCGUUUUUGAACUGCAAGUUGCUGACACUACUGAUGGAGAAAAGCAACCGCAACUGAUUAUUAAAGGUGCCCUGGAUAGAGAGCAGAUGGACUCCUAUGAGCUAACACUGCGUGUCAGAGAUGGUGGUGAGCCCUCUAGGUCCUCACAAGCUAUCCUCCGAGUAUUGAUCUCCGAUGUGAAUGACAAUAGCCCCCGUUUUGAGAAAAGCAUCUAUGAAGCUGACUUGGCAGAAAACAGUUUACCUGGGACUCCUAUACUACAGCUAAAAGCCGCAGACGCAGAUGUUGGGGUAAAUGGGCAAAUAGAAUAUGUAUUUGGGGCAGCAACUGAGUCAGUACGCAGACUGCUUCGACUGGAUGAAAAUUCAGGCUGGUUGAGUGUUUUACAUCGCAUAGAUCGAGAAGAGGUGAGCCAGCUGCGCUUCACAGUAAUGGCAAGAGACAGGGGGCAGCCCCCCAAAAAUGAUAAAGCCACAGUGGUCUUAAACAUCAAAGAUGAAAAUGAUAACGUGCCAGUAAUAGACAUCAGGAAAAUUGGUCGAAUACCUUUAAAAGAUGGGAUAGCUAAUGUAGCAGAAGAUGUGGUAGUGGAUACCCCUAUAGCUUUAGUACAAGUGUCAGACAGAGAUCAGGGGGAAAAUGGGGUAGUUACCUGCACAGUGGUUGGGGAUGUCCCAUUCCAGCUUAAACCUGCAAGUGAAAUAGAAGGAGAACAGAAUAAAAAAAAAUAUUUCUUGCACACUUCUGCCCCACUGGACUAUGAAGCUACACAGGAGUACAGCGUUGUUAUUGUAGCAGUGGACUCUGGAAGUCCUAGUUUAUCCAGCAAUAAUUCAUUGACUGUAAAGGUUGGAGACACCAACGAUAACCCACCGAUAUUUAGUCAAAAUGUGGUGGAGGUGGCAUUUGCUGAAAACAAUGCACCAGGAGAAAGAGUGGCUACUGUGGUUGCAAUAGAUGCAGAUAGUGGUAAAAAUGCUGAGGUUGCUUAUUCUCUCGACUCCUCUGUAUCUGGAAUAUUUUCUGUCGACCCAGAUUCAGGUGACAUCACAGUUAAUACUAUUUUGGAUCGAGAAGAGACUGAGAUAUAUCAAUUUAAAGUGAUUGCCAAAGACAAGGGCAUUCCUACUCUCCAGGGAUCUGCUACUGUUGUGGUCAAGGUAGCAGACAAAAAUGACAAUGAGCCCAGGUUUAUGCAGGAUGUUUUCACCUUUUAUGUGAAGGAGAAUCUGCAACCUAACAGCCCCGUUGGGAUGGUUACAGUCAUGGAUGCUGACAAAGAUCACAAUGCAGAAAUGAGCCUUUUUAUUGAAGAGCAGGAUGAUAUUUUUUCCAUUGAAAAUAGUACUGGAACAAUUUAUUCCACCAUGUCAUUUGACAGGGAGCAAAAGACCACCUACACUUUUAGAGUCAAGGCAGUUGAUGGUGGGGAUCCAUCAAGGUCUGCUACAUCCACAGUGUCUUUGUUUGUGAUGGAUGAAAAUGACAAUCCACCUACUGUUACCUUCCCUAGUAAUAAUUCAUACACCCUCCUGCCACCAUCGAGCAAUGUACGAACGAUUGUUACUACAGUAUUGGCAACUGAUAGGGAUACAGGAAUUAAUGCUAAUUUAAACUAUAACCUGAUCGGGGGGAACCCAUUUAAACUGUUUGAGAUCGACACAGCCAGUGGUGUAAUUUCCUUGAUUGGAAAAUUAGAUAAAAAGCACAAUGGUCUGCAUCGACUGGUUGUGCAAGUGAAUGACAGUGGUCUACCUUCCCAAUCCACAAUAUCCCUUGUCCAUGUGUAUGUUAAUGAGAGUGUGUCCAAUGCCACAAUUGUGGAAGCCCAAAUCUCAAAGAGCCUGCACACAUCUUUGACACAAGACAUUGCAGGGGAUCCAAGCUAUGACUUUGGGAAGCAAAGACUUAGCAUCGUAAUUGGUGUGGUUGCUGGCAUUAUGACUGUAAUCCUUAUUAUACUAGUUGUGGUCAUGGCACGAUAUUGUAGACCGAAGAAUAAAAAUGGUUAUGAAGCUGGUAAGAAAGACCAUGAAGAUUUCUUUACCCCACAGCCGCAUGACAAGAAUAAAAAGCCUAAAAAGGACAAAAAGAACAAAAAGUCAAAGCAACCUCUGUACAGCAGCAUUGUAACCGUUGAAGCUUCAAAGCCUAAUGGACAGCGAUAUGACAGUGUCAAUGAGAAACUGUCAGACAGCCCAGGCAUGGGUCACUAUCGAUCUGUGAAUGGAGGCCCAGGGAGUCCUGACCUGGCAAGACAUUACAAAUCAAGCUCGCCUCUGCCAACAGUGCAGCUUCACCCACAGUCACCAACUGCUGGGAAAAAGCACCAGGCUGUGCAGGAGCUGCCCCCUGCCAACACUUUUGUCGGAACAGGAGAUAACAUUUCCAUUGGAUCAGACCACUGUUCUGAGUACAGCUGUCAAACCAAUAACAAGUACAACAAGCAGCCAUUUCGCAGAGUGACGUUUUCUGUGGUGAGCCAGCCUCAGGACCCACACCAGGGAUCAUUGCAGAGUUGCUAUGAUAGUGGAUUGGACGAAUCAGAGACGCCCAGCAGUAAGAGCUCGUCAGGUCCCAGACUGGGUGCUCUCCCCCUCCCAGAGGACAACUAUGAGAGGACUACGCCGGAUGGCAGUGUUGGUGAGGCAGAGCAUAUGGAGAAUGAUCCAAGGCCAUUGCCAGAUGUAGCCAUGACCGGGAAGUGCACCAGGGAAUGCAAUGAAUUCGGUCACUCAGAUUCCUGCUGGAUGCCUGUCCAAACUUCGCCUGAAAGAAGACAAAACAAUCAACCCAAGCUCUCUACAUUUAUGCCCACAACCGAAGAAGGCAGCCAGGAACAACUCGCCAACGGAGACCCCCAUCUCAUGGGUGAUCGCAACAGAAACCUCCUGAGCAAAAAGAUGCCAUCAUCUUAUGAGACCUUCAGCACAGCCAGUUUCGGCAAAAAUGAGGAUGGCAGCCCAGAGGAUAUACCCCUUACACAAACAGGAGUGUACAAGCCCUCUCCUGUUAAUACACUUACCAGAAGGGAAGUGUACCUAUAAGAUGAUAUAUUUCCACCUGCAAUGAAAAAAUAAGCAUAACUUUUCAAAUAAAAACAACCAGAAUAGGGAGCCACAUAAAUAAAUAAAUAAAUAAAUAAAUAACUGCCACUGCUGCAGACAAGACAAUCUCUGAUAUACUUGCUGCCUGAUUGUAGUGUACAUUGUAGAAUUCAUUUUCAUAACUUGCAUGCCUAAUCUCCCUCACAGAUUUUAUUGUAAAUUGACGGUUGGAAAUCAGUUUAACAGAAAUUUAGUCUGAUUGAGAGGUACGCAUUGCAACACUGAUAGCGACAGGAGCCAACUACGGGUUGUUAAUAUAUUGUGAAACCUGAUCAAGAUGACAGGUCAGUAAAAUCUAAUCAGAAUUUGUCAUCUGAAUAUCAACAGCCCAUGAUGAGAAUGACACUUCAAAACAUCAAAAAAAUAAGAAAAAAGCAUGACAUCUUCAUAAAUAUGUAUCACUUCGCAUAUGAAAUUCAGAAAGACACAGCUUUCACCAUGUGCCCCAAGGCUUAAGACAGUGCCACAAAGUGUGUUACCCUAUGUCAUGUACAAUUUAAUUAUACUACAUGGGUAUUAGUCUCUAUGAAAUCCAUGAGGUUAAUUAAUUCUACUUAUAAGAGUCAGGUGGCACUGUAAGCAAAUCUUACUGUUAUAUAUUAGUGUAAAAAUCAAGUCUUUGGAUUUAAAGUAGAUUUUAUAGAACCGGGAACUGAACUCUGAACAAGAAGAUGCAAGUUUAUGAGCCAUGAAUAAUGACAAUUUGUUAAUGAUUGCUUGAAACAUUGAAAUAUAUGUAAACCUGGUUGCACCUAUCAGCUGACUGUCCUAGCUUAAAUGACACUUCAGACUGGAGGCCUUAGGAAAACCGAUUUUACUCCUUCUGGCAUCAAAAAAGCAAACUUAAUGUUUCAUCAAUAUAGGACAACAAAGAAAUGUACAAUAGUGUGUCAUUUUACAGGCUGCAUGGACAUUUACAUAGAAGAUGGAUGGACUGCUGUAAUGUGAACACUCAUUCUGAGCACAUUCACAAGAUAUCAAUUUGUACUUAAUCUUUAGAUUGGAUUUUGCCCCAUAUGAUGGGAUUCAGUUUGCAGACUUGGAAUUUUCAUCCUUAAAGCAUGUAGAAGUACCUAAGCACUGGGAUACAACAAGCGGUGUUGUUGGCUUAAGCCCUGCAUUAACGUCUUAUCUAGGCUAUAGUGAAAGAAAAAAAAGCAUUAAGAGUAAUGCCACAGCUCUGGGCUGUUGCACUUUCGACAGCCUACACAUAUAAAAACAAGGAUGUACUACAUCUCACUGGAAGCAAAUAAUCCAAAUCUCUGCUGUGACUCACAAACGAAGAAAGGGGGCAGAGAACGUUAUGUUUUGUAAUGAAAAUAAUGGGAGCCCAACAAAUGGAAACCAUAGACAAACCAAAGUUUUGGAAACAACAAACAGCACGAAGGCAUAACCUGAUAUUUCUCUGGUAACUUUUAGACAAACAAAAAAAAUUGCUUUUGGUAGUUUGUUGCUUUUAAUACAUGCAUACAUGUAAAUGUAUACCCUAAGUAUAGGUUGACUAGUCAUUAAAAUCCAAACUUCUUGCAACUUCUGUUUCAUUUAAAUUACAACGAACAAGUAACACUGUUUUGUGCCCUUUUAUCUGUUGCAUAGACCUUGUUACAUUAGCACUUAAUGUAAUUUCAAUAUAAAAAUAGUUAUGGUAUAAAUGAAAAAGCUCUGAAGAGAUAUGAGUAAAAAAGGGAAUCUCAAAUGAAAUAAUAAUUGAACUUUCUGUAUGUGAUUAUUUAAUUUUAAAAAAAAGCUAAUCAUUUGUUGCUGAACUUCUUACUGUAGUGCAGCCUUCUAUAGGGUUAAGUACUUAUUGUUAAGAAAAGUGCUUCUAAAUCGCUUAGAAACUGUAAACAUAAAUAUGUAUUUUUAUUGCACGUUUAAAGAGAAUUUACUUCACGUACUGAAAAGGAAAACAUAACAAAAAAAAAAAAUAAUCUUUUUGUAUAAACAUGAAGUCCAUCCUGUUGCUUGCUUUUGUUAUAUCUUCAACAAGCAUUAGUCAUGUAGUCUGUUUUAGGGUACCAGUUUAAAGUGACUGAACACAUACUAUGUUAGCAUCACACCACAUAAGCACAUUUUAAAAAGGACAGAACCACUUGAAUGCAACAUUCUUUCUAUUAAGAUAUAAUAAUAAUUGUAGCGAGAGUUAUGUUACUUGUGACAGUCUGGCUUUCCUCAUACAGUACACACACUGAAAAAGUUGCAACUUUGAACUGGCAUGGCAUAGACUAAUGUUUUAUGUUGUUUAUUUUUAUGUUAGGUUUUAUCUGGUGCCAUUUUGUAUAAUUAGAGUGCUUCUGUAAAAAUAGAGUGAAUGCAAAAUAUGCAAAUUGUGCCUUUUUAUACCUAUUGGUAUGAUUCAGUGUUGGUGGGGAUUGGAACAAAGAGUAAUGGGCUGCUUUAUAUUAUGUUUUGGACCUGUAUUUAAGUGUAUUACACAGACUGGAUCAUUUAGGGUACAUGGUAAGUUGUCUUCUGGUAACUCACAUACAAGAUCAGUCAAAAUUAUUUUUUUAUUAUGAAACAAUGUAUGGAUAGUGUACAGUAUGGUGAAAUUAGGUUUGACAUGGUUUAGGGAAAAAAAAAAAAAAACUUUUUUUAUCAUUAUUUCUAUGACUGUUAUGCAAUUUAUUCAGUGUUUUUGAAUACCAGAAUAUUUUUUCUUAAACUGAUUUACAUUGAAAAUUGUACACUAUAAUGUAGUUGUGUUAACAUAGCAGUCUAGUUUAAUCAGUUUUAUGUAGCCAACACACUCAUUAUGUUGUGUUGUGAAACACAAGAAAAUACUUUUGACUGUUCAGUUAUGGGAAGUCCAGAAAUGACCAACGUUACUGUUGGAGAUUGGUGUAAGGUCAUGAAAGGGGCUGGCUGGAGGAUUACCCCUGGAAGUUAGGAAUGCAAAGCAAGUUAGAUUUCUUAUUGGUACUCUUUCAAUUUUAAUUCUAAAUUAUUUUAAUUAUAAAUAAAAUCAAUAACAUCACAAGAAUAUUACAGAAAAAAAAAUAAGUCUAAGAAAAAAAAGAUUAAGAAAGCUGGUCAGAAGUCUAAAAAUAAUAUCACGUUCAAAUCUCAUAUUGUCAUUGGUCUUGAGACAGAAUGUGGCUUCAGUUGAAGUAGUUUUGUGAUUUAGGUCAGACCCUAGUUGACUGUUGUCUACAUCACGAAAUCCCACAAUUGGUCAUUGUUGCAAGUCUUAGCUUUGGUCUCGGACUGAGGACAUGCACUAACAUAAUUACUGUCACUCCUGUAGAGGGCAGUCUUUCAAGAAUUUUCCCAAAAGCAGACAGGGAAAGCCAAUAAUUAACUGCAAUAUGCUUGACUUAGUUUGAAAAAUACAUGGCUUCAGUUAGUUUAAUGAUUCUGCCUCUCAUGAGCAAUACAUUCAUCUGAAGAUUAAUGAGUUUAAGAUUAGUUAUGGUCAGUACUGAACUGAAAAAUAAUAGUGUUGGUUAGAAAGCAAAUAAAGGCUGUAUAAAACCAGAAUACAUGGUGAGGUAAGUUAUAGGAGAAUCCAGAAACACACAGAUGAUUGGCCACAAAAUAUGAAAGUUUUAGUAAAGUGAGAAAGAAAUAGAAUUUGAGAGAAUAGGCUUUAUAUAUUGAGAAUUAAAUUAUCAAAGGAAGUAUCAUUUCCUUCCUGGGAUACAUUUUCAGCCAGCUUCUCCUAAGAUUUAAAGCACUUGCAUUCAGUGUGAUGAGAUCUGCUUGUAAUAUUAAUCAUAAACUAUUGUUCUGUGACAUGGAUGUUGAUAUUGAAGCAAGGAACAAUUUAAUUUUGUUUUAUUAUGAGUCACUAUGCACGCAGCUAUGCUAAA